AUGAAAUAUACUACAAUCGCUUCAACUGCUUCAUUUUUGACAACCAUUUUAGCAGCAACUGUUCCAUCUGCGCCAUGGUCAACUUUAACUCCAAAAGCUUCAAUUCCAACUGAUGCUACCACAAAUUAUUCACAAAAAUUCGGUAUUCAAAUAGUAACUGUUGAAGAUGCUUCUGCUUUAGCUACUGAAACUGUUGCAAAUUUAUCAUCAAAAUUAGAAACUAAAUCAGCCAAAUUGAAAAGAGCAGUUGCUCAAAUAACAGAUGGCCAAGUUCAACAUCAAACUACUGCAGCUCCAGUUGCUCAAAUCACAGAUGGUCAAAUCCAACAUCAAACUACUGCAGCUGCUGUAUCAGUUAUAAAUCAAAUCACAGAUGGUCAAAUACAACAUCAAACUACUGCAGCUGCUGUUGCUCAAAUUGGUGACGGUCAAAUUCAACAUCAAACUACUGCUGCCGCUGUUUCAGUCAUUAAUCAAAUAGGAGAUGGUCAAAUACAACAUCAAACUACUGCUGCUGCCGCUUCUGUUGUAAAUCAAAUUGGAGAUGGUCAAAUACAACAUCAAACUACUGCUGCUGCCGCUUCUGUUGUAAAUCAAAUUGGUGAUGGUCAAAUACAACAUCAAACUACUGCUGCCGCCGCUUCUGUCGUAAAUCAAAUUGGUGACGGACAAAUUCAACAUCAAACCACCGCUGCUGCUGUAAACCAAAUUGGAGAUGGUCAAAUUCAACAUCAAACCACUGCAGCUGCUGUUAACCAAAUUGGUGACGGUCAAAUUCAACAUCAAAAUUCAACUGUUGCUGCUGCACAUCAAAUAAGUGAUGGACAAAUCCAACAUCCAACUACUGCUACUGCUGCUCAUCAAAUAACUGAUGGUCAAAUUCAACAUCAAAAUGGUACAGUUGCAGCUGAAUCAUUUACUGCUGCACCAACAACUCCAGCUUCAGGAAUUCAACAAGCAUGUUCAUCAUCAAACAAUUUAGUUAUGACAUUAAAAGAUUCAUUGUUAACUGAUGGUAAAGGUAGAGUUGGAGCAAUUGUUGCAAAUAGACAAUUCCAAUUCGAUGGUCCACCACCACAAGCUGGAACUUUAAUUGCUGCAGGUUGGUCAAUUUCAAAAGAUGGAUUUUUACAAUUAGGUGAUUCAACUGUAUUUUAUCAAUGUUUAAGUGGUGAUUUCUACAAUUUGUAUGAUGAAAAUGUCGCUGCUCAAUGUAAUGCAGUUAAAUUAAGAAUUAUUGAUUUUGUUGAUUGUUAA